AUGGGCGGUGCCGUGAAGGUGUACGGGGUGGGGGCGUCUCCGUUCGUGGCGACGGUGCUCUUGUGCCUGGAGGAGACGGGCGCAGACUACGAGCUCGUCCCCCUCGACAUGGCGGCGCGUGAGCAGAGGGCCGAGCCACACCUCUCCCGAAACCCUUUCGGGAAGAUCCCAGUGUUAGAGGACGGAGAGCUGACUCUCUUCGAAUCGCGCGCGAUUUCUCGGUACGUGCUCCGCAAGUACGGAGGCACCAACCCCACCACCGAUCUUCUAAGGGAAUCCAGCCUCGAGGAAUCAGCCAUGGUGGACGUGUGGACGGAGGUGGAGGCCCACCAGUACCAGCCGGCCAUCGAACACAUCGUCCAGCAGUGCGUCAUCCUGCCGUUCAUCGGCGGCGCGCGAGACCAGGCCGUUGUCGACGAGAACGUGGGGAAGCUGGAGAAGGUCCUGGACGUGUAUGAGGCGCGGCUGUCGACGCACGCGUACCUCGCCGGAGAUUUCUUCAGCCUCGCCGACCUCGUCCACUUCGGUAUCACCUACUACCUGGUGGCCGGAACCGAGUACGCCACGUUGCUGGAGUCGCGCGCGAACGUGUGGGCGUGGUGGGGGCGGAUCAUGGCCAGGCCGUCGGUCAAGAAGGUGGCGCCGUUAAUCCACCUCUGGUUGAAGCCAUCUUCGUCUGCUUAA